AUGUCUUCCUCGUCUCUGUUCUCCGUCUGCCGCCUCCCGUUGCAGACCUCCGAGCCUAGCAGAAGGCGGCCGCAGAAGCUCUGGAUAGGGUUUGGGAUCCCUUCUUCUUCAUCCUCUUCGCGGAGAUUCAACCAGAGGUCCUGUCAAAUCCGGGCGGAGGCGCUCCAGACAGACUUGAGCUCUUCGAAGAGCUCCGAGUCUGCAGAAGAUGAGGACGCCAUUCAGAAAUUCCUCAAGAGGGACUACAAGUGGGGAUUCACCUCUGAUUUCGAGUCCUUCUCCAUCCCCAAGGGCCUGUCGGAGGAGACCGUCCGUUCCAUCGCCGCCAUCAAGGGUGAGCCAGAUUGGAUGCUCGAGUUCCGCCUUUCCGCGUUCCGGAGGUUCCUGCGCAUGCGGGAGCCCCAGUGGUCGGACAACCGGUACUCCCCGAUCAACUUCCAGGAGAUGUGCUAUUACUCAGCGCCUAAGCUGAAGCCUAAGCUGAACAGUUUGGAUGAAGUCGAUCCUAAGAUACUGGAGACGUUUGAGCGGCUCGGAGUCCCGUUGAAUGAGCAGAAGAGGCUUUCCAAUGUUGCAGUAGAUGCCGUCAUCGAUAGCACCUCAAUCGCGACGACUCACAGGGAGACCCUUGCCAAGGCGGGGGUCAUUUUUUGCUCAAUUUCGGAAGCAAUCAAGGAGUACCCUGAUCUAGUGAAGAAGUACUUGGGGAAGGUGGUUCCGCCUGGAGACAAUUUUUAUGCAGCACUCAAUUCUGCAGUCUUCAGUGAUGGGUCAUUCUGUUACAUCCCGAAGGAUACUGUAUCUCCUAUGGAAAUAUCUACUUACUUUCGGAUCAAUGACCGUGAGACUGGCCAAUUUGAGCGAACGCUGAUUGUGGCCGAGGAGCGCAGCUUUGUGAGCUACCUGGAAGGGUGCACAGCGCCAUCCUAUGAUAAAAACCAGCUCCAUGCGGCGGUUGUGGAGCUGUACUGUGCAGAGGGAGCUGAGAUAAAGUACUCCACAGUGCAGAAUUGGUAUGCUGGCGAUGAAGAGGGGAAUGGUGGAAUCUAUAACUUUGUCACAAAGAGGGGCCUUUGUGAUGGUGAUGGAUCAAAAAUUUCUUGGACACAGGUGGAGACUGGAUCUGCAAUCACGUGGAAGUAUCCAAGUGUCAUUCUGAAAGGAAAUAACACAAUUGGAGAGUUUUAUUCGGUGGCACUUACCAAGGAUUACCAGCAGGCAGACACGGGGACCAAGAUGAUACAUGUAGGACAUAAUUCAAGGAGUAGGAUAGUUUCUAAGGGUAUAUCCGCUGGGAAGUCGAGAAAUUGUUACAGGGGGCUUGUUCAGAUUUCUCCGAAUGCAGAAAACGCCCGUAAUUUUUCACAGUGCGACUCCAUGCUCAUUGGUGACACUGCUGCUGCCAAUACGUAUCCAUACAUUCAGGUGUGUAUUACUGACUGAACUGAGCAAUCUCUCUCUUCUUUAAGAAAUGAAUGUAAUACAUACCUCUAUCUUACAUGAAAUAGGAAUGAUUCAUCCAAACAGGUCUUUUGUCAAUCUACAAUCAGCAACCCUUUUUAGUGUUCCCUGGUCGGACUUGAAAGCAGCUUUCUUAACUAGUUUAUGCCACUUCGUUUCCUAGAAGUCACUUGACCGAAUCGAAAUUGUAUCAAAUUCAUUCCAUCAGUUUCUGCAGAUCAUUUGUACUUUCAAAAAGAAAUUCACAGUCAUCAUGAAGAACUAUAAAAUGUUGCUGCGGCAGGUUAGAUACCUUCUGUAAUGACACAUAUUCGAACACAUCAGGAAAUAAAAUAGAACAAGAGUAAAAUUUAAAGUGGCAAUCCUGCUAAGCAGGGUAUCCUAGAAUGAGACUUAGAUUGACAUCCUAAAACGAGUAGAAUUCAUCUUCCAAAUCCUUGAUGUCCUGAGCUUUGAAUAGACAAAGUAUUUGAUAGUUUUUGUUUUCUAUAGUUUGUUACUAUUUCCCCUCCCUCCUCAUACCAAGGGAGAGUUAUCAUUAGUUUUUGUAUGUUCUUAUAUGUUCAUAUUUUCAUAAUUAAAUUAACCCGUCCAUUGAGAAACUAACAUCAUUAACGCUCAUCAGAAUUGUUCGAUCAUAACUACGGCCAUCAGUCACCAAUGCGGUCUGUCCUAGAUUCCAUCAUAUUGAAGGAAAUGAAUUUUUUUUCCCAAAAGGCCAUCAUACUCUAUUGUCAACGAAGAAUUUUGAACCCACAUCAUCAUUGUAGAAUCAGGAACAUUUUAGGCUGUCUGUCACAGAAAGGAAUGCAUGAUUCUUGUUUCUGAUGUUUCGUCCAAUAAUAAUGCAAAUGUUUACUCCCCAUGCACUUGCCUUCAGAGGGCUGAAGCUUCUGAUAGUUUGUUUCUAGAAUGAGAAAGCUACGUAAACCACCAUACACCUUAAUUCUAGAGUUGCUAAUGAAGAAUUUACCUUAAAUGCUUCAAUUACGCAAAGAUGGUCUACUUUUGCUCGUUCAGACAUUCCUGAGGUGUCAUUGGAGCAUACUUUUUUCUUCUUCUUUUUUUUAUGGCCGUCUUGAGAUAUCCUAAACUAAGUAAAGAAGUGUCAGGUAUGUCAGGCCAACGCGAUGCCCCCACCAACGCCCUCUUGGUUCUUCCUCCUCCAUUCUCCCUUGUCCCCUCCGCAUGCCCUCUUGGUUCUUCAGACGCCAUCCUCAUGCCUCACCUUGUUCUCACCUGCCUUCUGUACCCCCGCCACCUCUGCUCACUGAGCUCUUUCUAUCUAAACUCUGAGUUCAGGCCUUCGUACCAGAAAUUCUGGGCAUGCUUCUUUAUCAGUUAACGUCCAUAUGCAUGCUAACAGCCUUUCUCUCGGCAAAAAUCAUGUCCUGAGGAUUGGUAUCAGGGAUAGAGAGAAAAUAUUUCAGUUAAGCCCAAGUGCAAUGUAUCUAAUUGCGUGAAACCCUUACUUUUGUAUCCUUGUAGGUUAAGUAGACUCUCUAAAUAGUAGGGUCUUUUUAUAACUUCAAUAAUAUAUGGCUCGAGUACUAUUAUUAGAUAUUUAGCCUCAGUAAGAUUAUUAGAUAUUAUGAUUAUUAUUAUUAUUAUUAUUAUUAUUAUUAUUAUUAUUAUUAUUGUGCAUCUCUUGUUUCCUUGAUUUGGAAUUUCUCAUGAUGUCUGGAUGAACAUGUACGAUCAGGUGAAGAACCCAUCGGCCCGGGUGGAGCACGAGGCCAGCACCUCCAAGAUUGGGGAGGACCAGCUGUUCUACUUCCAGCAGAGGGGCAUUGACCACGAACAGGCAGUCGCCGCCAUGAUCGGCGGCUUCUGCCGCGAUGUGUUUGAGAAGCUCCCCCUCGAGUUUGCUUCUGAAGUCAGCGCCCUGAUGAAUCUGAAGCUUGAGGGUUCCGUUGGCUGA